AUUGGCCAUCCAUCCAUGGAUGUGCGGUUGAAAGGCUUCGUAGGCGAAGCUGCAGUUCUGCUGCCUGCCGUAUGCCCCCGGAUCCGCUCCGCCCCCCCGUUGGCGCUGGGUUUCCUUCUCUUCUCCCCAAUCCGAUUAACUCUCGCCGCCGCCGCCGCCGCCGCCGCCAUGUCCCCGUCGCUCCUCCUGCUUCCCUCCUCUACAACUACUUGUAGGAGGCUUCUGCCUCCGCCAUCCCGCUGCUUCGCCUCUUCCUCGCGCGCCUCCUUCCUCCUGCGGCCGCGACGCCGCAUCCGCCUCGUGUGCGCCGCCGAGCAGCCCAACGGUGCCGCCUCCCCUGGCUCUGGCUCUGGCUCUGGAGGCGACGCCACGGCAAACCCAACCAACAACGGACUGCCCAAGAACAGGAGGGAUAUUCUCCUGGAAUACGUCAAAAGUGUCCAGCCAGAGUUUAUGGAGCUCUUCAUAAAAAGAGCUCCAGCACAGGUUGUUGAGGCCAUGCGCCAAACAGUGACUAAUAUGAUGGGCACUUUACCACCACAAUUUUUCGCUGUAACUGUCUCAACGGUCGCUGAAAAUCUGGCUCAGCUUAUGUACAGUGUCCUAAUGACUGGAUACAUGUUUAGGAAUGCACAGUACCGCCUGGAAUUGCAACAGAGUUUGGAGCAGAUUGCUCUUCCGGAACCAAAAGAAGAAAAGGAUUCGCCGGAUUACGCUCCUGGAACCCAGAAAAAGGUAACCGGGGAAGUUAUCCGUUGGAACCAGGCUACUGGACCUGAGAAAAUUGAUGCUGUAAAAUAUAUAGAAUUGCUUGAAGCAGAAAUCGAUGAGCUGAGCCGUCAAGUUGCUAGGAAAUCGUCGCAAGGAAGUAAUGAGCUGUUGGAAUAUCUGAAGAGUUUGGAGCCUCAGAAUUUAAAGGAACUCACGAGUACUGCUGGGGAAGAUGUUGUGUUUGCCAUGAAUGCGUUCAUAAAGCGUCUCUUGGCGGUCUCUGACCCAGAGCAGAUGAAGACAACAGUCUCGGAAACAAGUGCAAAUCAGCUGGCGAACCUGCUGUUCUGGUUGAUGAUCGUUGGGUACAGCAUGCGCAACAUUGAGGUGCGGUUUGACAUGGAGCGAGUGCUGGGUGCUCCCCCAAAGUUGGCAGAGCUACCACCUGGUCCUGGAGAGAGCAUAUAGUUAGAGAGGGAUGCCUGAAGAUUGUAGAUGUAGCCAUGUAGGAGAGGAGAGGCUCUGAAAGAUUGUUUGAUUUGAAUCAACUAUUGGCUGGUGGCAUUCCAUUGCUUUGCUUUGUACUCUAUAGUAGUAAUAUAGUAACACAUGCAUGCUUCUUCAUUGAGGGAGAAGCAUAUACAAUACAAAGAUGAUGAUAUCCAUAGUUGAUUGACUUGUCAUGGUUGAGUUGAAUUGAA